UAGUGUUAGGGAUUGAAUGGGUGUGGAAAGAAGAGAGCCGGUAGAGAAAAAGAUAAGUCCUAGGGACAAACUUCUUCCGAGAAAACUUCCACGUUUCUUGUGAUGGAUAAAUUAAGCGAUCAACAUCGACCCUUUCUGUUCCAUUGCCAUAUGAUUACGUAGUGGUGGUGAUACCAACUCUUCGUUCAGUCUCUCCCUUUCUCUAAACCAUGUUUAGGUUUCUCUCCAAAUCCAACAACACUAUUAGGAAACUGAGCUCCAAAUCAUUCCACCCAACUCUCUACGCCUCCUCGAGUCCUCAUCACUGCAAGUCCAAAAUCUCGACCAUUCACCCCCAAAUCGCUUCACCAAUCUCUUCAAAUGCAUUCGAUUCAUCUGGGUCUUCCUCGAAGCCCUCCGAUUCCAGAUAUCCUACUGGGUCCCCAAAUGGGUCUCCAUUUUUUCGCGCUCUGGAUCGAAAUUCAAGCUUUUCCGGGCCCCAGAUGGCUGGAAAUCGGUUUUUCUCAUCCGGGUAUUUGUUGAACUGCAAGAAUUUGAAGAAUGGGAAGGGAAAUAGACGUGGGUUUUUGAGGGUCGGGAGUUUUGUUGGAGAAUCGAGGGCUUUCAGCAGUGAACCGGAUAGAGAGUCUAUGGAGUAUGAUGUUGUUAUUGUUGGUGCAGGGCCUUCGGGUUUAUCGGCGGCAAUACGGUUGAAGCAAAUGUGCCGCGCAAAGGAUGUUGAUUUUUCGGUUUGUGUUGUGGAGAAAGGAGCCGAAGUGGGUGCUCAUAUCCUAUCUGGGAAUGUUUUUGAGCCUCGAGCAUUGGAUGAACUUCUCCCGGAAUGGAAACAAGAAGAGGCACCAAUCAAUGUCCCUGUUUCUUCUGAUAAAUUUUGGCUUCUUACAAAGGAUCGUGCAUUUUCACUUCCAUCCCCAUUUGAUAACAAAGGGAAUUAUAUUAUAAGUUUAAGUCAGUUAGUACGUUGGUUGGGAGGGAAAGCUGAAGAAUUAGGAGUAGAAAUAUAUCCAGGCUUUGCCGCUAGUGAGAUAUUAUAUGAUGCAAACCACAAUGUUAUCGGCAUUGGAACUAAUGAUAUGGGGAUUGCCAAAGAUGGUUCAAAGAAGGAUAAUUUUCAGCGUGGCGUUGAGUUGAGAGGACGUGUUACACUUCUUGCUGAAGGAUGCCGAGGAUCAUUAUCAGAGAAAGUAUUGAGAGAUUACAACUUGAGAGAAAAAGCGCAAGCACAGCAUCAGACUUAUGCUUUAGGAAUAAAAGAGAUAUGGGAAAUUGAUGAGGCCAAGCACAAGACUGGCACUGUACUUCACACCUUGGGUUGGCCCUUGGAUCACAGGACAUAUGGGGGAUCCUUUCUCUACCACAUGAAUGACAGACAGGUUUCAAUUGGCCUUGUGGUUGCUUUGAAUUAUCACAACCCUUUCUUGAACCCUUAUGAAGAAUUCCAGAAACUUAAACAUCAUCCUGCCAUCAAACCUCUUCUCAAAGGUGGGACUGUUCUCCAGUAUGGUGCUCGCACUUUGAAUGAGGGCGGUUUUCAGUCUAUUCCAUAUCCAGUUUUCCCAGGUGGAGCAAUCAUUGGAUGCUCAGCUGGCUUCCUAAACGUCCCAAAGAUAAAGGGAACACAUACUGCAAUGAAAUCAGGAAUGCUGGCAGCAGAAGCUGCAUUUGAUGUACUUCAUGAAGGCUCGAGCAUGGAAAAAUAUUGGGAUGGUCUAAGGAAUUCAUGGAUAUGGGAAGAACUUCAUAAAGCUCGGAAUUACCGUCCGGCAUUUGAGUAUGGGCUCAUUCCUGGUUUGGCUUUAAGUGCUUUAGAACACUAUGUUCUGAAGGGUAGAUCUCCUUUAACAUUGAAGCAUGGGAAACCUGAUCAUGAAGCAACAGAUGUUGCACAGUUACACUCUCCAAUUCAAUACCCAAAGCCAGAUGGGAUUGUAUCUUUUGAUGUGCCAACAUCUCUAUACAGGAGCAACACGAAUCACGAUCAUGACCAACCAUCUCAUCUUCACUUGAGGGACCCCCAGAUUCCUGACCGUGUAAAUUUGCCAGACUUUGCUGGACCUGAGUCACGAUAUUGUCCUGCACGUGUUUAUGAGUACGUCCCAGAUGAAAAGGGUGAGCUGAGGCUGCAGAUAAAUGCUCAAAAUUGCCUACACUGCAAGGCAUGCGAUAUCAAGGACCCAAAGCAAAAUAUUGAGUGGACGGUGCCAGAAGGCGGCGGGGGCCCAGGCUACUCAGUUAUGUAGAUUAUCCCCAAGUUCUCAUUGUUGCUGCAAAUAAAGGAUCUUGUAUAAAACCAACCAUAAUUCAUCCCCCCAAAAAUAAAAGUCUACCAAAUGCAGAGUCCUCAGAAUGUGACAUGGUAAUUUGAUAAUAACCCAAUCCAAAAUCAUUAUAUUUGCAA